CAUAGAUGGCAUUCCUAAUAUGAUACCUCAGGUGGCAAGAAUGAUGGGCAAGGAGAAGCAGGAAACAGAAUCUGAACAAACCUAGAAGAUUAUCUUCUUGAAAGGAAGUUGGAAGACAAUUGGAGUAAGAUGUUUCCCUCGUUUCCUACCAUGACUGUGCUUGUACCACUGUUGUCUUUAGCUGGCCUCUUCUAUUCAGCCAGUGUUGAUGAAAACUUCCCCCAGGGCUGCACAAAUACAACCAGCAUCUGUUUCUACAGUCUGCUGCUUCCAAUUACAAUCCCAGUUUAUGUAUUUUUCCAUCUCUGGACUUGGAUGGGCCUUAAACUUUUUCGCCACAAUUAGAUUCUGCUUAACUCUUAAGAAGGCCCUUAAAAUAAAGAAUGGAGUGAAGCUUUUUUGAAAACCAAUUCCUAAUAUUCUGACCCAUAAACUACACCUGAAAUGAUCUUUUGAAACACAGGCUAUCUUCAGAUGCAAGUAUAUCCAAGCAAAUUGAAAAGUCACUUGCUUUUUAGGGCAUGCCUACAGUACCGAAAACAAAUAUAGCAAGCAAUAUGAAGUGAUGCAGGCAAAUCUUAUCUCAACAAAAGAUCUUAGGCAUGCAGCAAGGCAAUCUAGAUGUGUGUGCUUGUCUAGAAAAUAUCAUUUUUCUAGUCUUUGGUGAAAAAAAUUCUGUAGAGUUAAUUCUGAAAGACAGGUUUAUUACCUGAUGAUUGCAGGCAAUUAUUUAUAUACGCUGUGAGUGCAAAAUAGUGCUUUAUCAAAUUCAUAGAUGAAAAGCUUUGAAUGUGUAACAUGAGCACAGAUAUACGGUAUACUACAUAGAGAGGUUUUGGCUUACUGAUGAUGUAAUGUUAGCUUUGAUGCCUAUUUGAUUAAACUACACUGCUGUUCUGCACAGA